UUAUUAUUUAAGAGGGCCAGCUGCACUGGAAAACAUUCCAACAGAGUAACACAGACAAUGGCUUCCCCUCAGUUCAAUUACUGCGCCUACGUCGACCCCAGCUCCGGGGGAGACCGCAUCGGCCACCUCGACCUGCAGUCAGAACACAUUCAACCACUGUCAUUCACGUCCGGCACGCGAAUCAACAACCUAUACCAGGUCAUCGAAGCCGGCGAAGCCAACAUCCUCCCCGCGCGUGAAGACCCAAUCCUUCUAUCCCAGGUCAAACUGCUCCCCACCAUCUCCGGCCGCGACAUCCUGGCCGUGGGCAAGAACUACGCCGAACACGCCAAAGAAUUCAACUCAUCGGGCUUCGACUCUUCAGACAAAGUCGACCAGCCCAGCGCGCCAGUGAUCUUCACAAAACGGGCAACGUCCAUCAUCGCGCACGGCGAGGAUGUGCUCCUCCAUCCGGAAUUCACGCAGACGCCCGACUACGAGGGCGAAAUUGGCGUCAUCAUCGGCAAGGCUGGGUAUAAAAUUCCCGAGUCGCAGGCGAUGGACUAUGUCUGGGGAUACACCAUCAUCAACGACUUCACGGCUCGUGAGAGACAGCGGGACCACAAGCAGUUCUAUAUCGGCAAGUCACCGGAUACUUACUGCCCCAUUGGGCCUGUUGCUGUGCCCAAGGAGAGACUGCCGGAGAAUCUGCGUCUACAGACGUUCGUCAAUGGCGAGGAGCGGCAGAAUGCUACAAUAGAUCAAUUGAUAUUCAGCAUCCCGAACUUGAUUUCGACGCUGUCCCAGGGGCAGACGAUUCAGCCUGGGGAUACGAUCGCAACAGGGACCCCGUAUGGCGUGGGCUUUGGGUUCAGACCGAUGAAGUUCCUCAAACCUGGCGAUGAGGUGAAAGUCUCAGUUACUGGGCUGGGAGCACUCGUCAACCACAUGGCAAGCCUAGAUGCAAUCAACCCAACGAUCGAACGCAUCAACACCACCUCCUCAAUCCCAGUCUCCAACCAGAAGACCAGAAGUAGCAACGGCCUCGUCAACAUCGGUACGAAGAGCCUCUUCUACCAAUUCCGAGGCCAGCCCGACGCCGACCCCGUCAUCUUCAUCCACGGCCUAGGAGGUUCCUCUACCUACUUCACCCCUCUGGUCGAGAAACUAUCCAAAACACACGCCUGCCAUCUAACAGACCUCGAAGGCCACGGCCUCUCUCCAACAAACGGGCUCAGCAGCCUCACAAUCUCCUCCCUGGCAUCCGACAUCCGAACCCUCUACACGACUGUCUCAACCCAGUCUGAAAAGCCAGUAACCAUAAUUGCCCACUCAAUGGGCUGUCUCGUCGCCCUCAAACUCGCCCUUGACUCCUCAUUCCCAGCCUCAAUCUCAAACCUCAUCCUCCUGGGUCCCCCUCCUUCGCCCCUCCCGGCAGCAGCAAGCAACGCAACCUACGCCCGUGCCGAAACAGUGCGCAGGGACGGCAUGCUGGCAGUCACAGACGCGAUCGUCAACGCAGGCCUUUCGCAGCGUACAAAGUCUGAAAACUCGCUUGCUGUAACGGCUACUAGGCUAUCGCUGCUUGGUCAGGAUGCAGAGGGGUAUGCGAAGGCUUGUAUGGCGCUUGCGCGGUCGGCUGAGGAAACUUUGAAUGUAGAGGGGGUGGCGGGGAGUAGGACGUUGAUGGUGACGGGGACGGAUGAUGCGGUUAGUCCGCCUACUUUGUGUGAGAAGUAUGCGCAGAGAAUUGGAAGUGGGAAGGGACAAGCGAAGGUGGUGGUGUUGGAGGGUGUAGGGCAUUGGCAUUUGUUUGAGGAUUUGGCGAAGACUACAGCGGCGGUUUAUGAGUUUAUGGGCAUAGACUAGGAGGUGGGCGUUUCCUGCAUUAACAGCCUUUGACCAUUAAUUUAAAUGGUAUAUACAGAAUCCCCGAAACAGUAAUAUAUACACUUUAGAAACUAAGCAACC